AAAAUGGCGUUGCGCUAUUAAGUCGCCAAAGCGGUACCUGCUAUUGGAGGAGCACCUGGGAUUGAUGAGGCGCAGUGGCCAAUGAGGCUGCGCGCAGCCAAUGAACGGGCUCCAGUUAAAGGGGGCGGUGGAGGAGGUAGAGCCAGUCCACACAGAAACAGGGACCCUCCGUGAUAAACAAGCCGGAGAAAUAAAUCCAACAGUUUUUUUUUUUCUUUUUUUUUCUCGGAGAUGUUCCGGCUGCACUCUCGUCCCGUGAACGCAGAGGACACCUAGUAAGAUAAUCAUUUUAAUUCUUCCAAAGCGUUUGUUUUUUUUUUUUUUUUGGAAGGAAAAGGUGCGCGGAGACUGUGGAUUUUUUUUUUGUUGUUUUUUAGUUAAAGCGCAAACCCGGUCUUCAGAUGUGUUUCUGCUUGUUUGUUUCCACGUGAGCGGAGCGGCGUUUUGAAGCUGAUAUGCUGUUUUUAAGGUUGGACUCGUUGAGCUCCGGCGUCAACAUCUGAUUUUUGUUCCCUCCACACUUUAUCACACUCCAGCAGAAAUCAAACUUGAGAUAAUGUUACUGGAUGCCGGUCACCAGUUCCCCGGACUGGGAGUUGGCUCUUUUGCCAGACAUCACUCAGCCAGCGAGAUGCAGGAGCGGGACCUGAGUUUGGCGCAGAACAGCUUUGUAGACUCCGCACACAUGGGCGCGUUUAAGCUCAACCACGAGCUCUCUCCGGGGCAGAGCUCAGCCUUCAGCACGCAGGCUCCGGGAUACCCCGGCGCGGCUCUGGGGGCUCACGCCGCUCAUGUCACCUCGUACGCAAGCUCCCCUUUCAACUCCACCCGGGACUUUUUGUUUCGCAGCCGCGGCUUCGGAGAAUCCUCUCCGGCCGGCAGCCAGCACACCAUUUUUGGCCCCGCGGCGGGAUCCCUCCAUCACUCCCACACAGACACUCAAGGCCACAUCCUGUUCUCGGGGAUCCACGAUCAGCACGGCUCACACGGAUCCCCGAACAUGCUGAACGGCCAGAUGCGACUCGGACUACCCGGAGAAGUUUUCGGCCGAUCCGACCAGUACCACCAGGUCUCCAGCCCCAGAACCGACCCCUACUCGGCCGCGCAGCUCCACAACCAGUAUGGCUCGAUGAAUAUGAACAUGGGGAUGAACAUGGCAGCCCACCAUCACCCCGGUGCCUUUUUCCGCUACAUGAGGCAGCAGUGCAUCAAACAGGAGCUCAUCUGCAAGUGGAUCGACCCUGAGCAGCUCAGCAACCCCAAGAAGUGCUGCAACAAAACUUUUAGCACCAUGCACGAGCUGGUGACGCACGUCUCCGUGGAGCACGUCGGCGGACCAGAGCAGACCAACCACGUCUGCUUCUGGGAGGACUGUUCCCGGGAGAGCAAGCCGUUCAAGGCCAAAUACAAACUGGUAAACCACAUUCGGGUGCACACCGGAGAGAAACCGUUUCCGUGCCCCUUCCCCGGCUGCGGAAAGGUCUUCGCCAGAUCGGAGAACUUGAAGAUACACAAGCGAACGCACACAGGAGAAAAACCCUUCCAGUGUGAGUUUGAGGGCUGCGACAGAAGGUUUGCUAACAGCAGCGACCGAAAGAAACACAUGCACGUUCACACGUCGGACAAACCUUAUCUGUGCAAAAUGUGCGACAAGUCCUACACGCAUCCCAGCUCCCUCCGAAAACACAUGAAGGUCCACGAGUCCACGCCGUCAGCAUCAGACUCGUCACCAGCAGCCAGCUCUGGCUAUGAAUCCUCCACCCCUCCAGGCCUGGUGUCUCCCACCGCCGAGACCCAAAGCAACACCAACCUGUCUCCAGCCUCAGCUGUCCACAACCCCACCAGCCACAGUGGCCUGUCCUCCAACUUCAGCGAGUGGUACGUGUAGCACUGGGCCAUCAGCACGGACAGACUUUUUUUUUGUUGUUAUUUUUAUUUUCCUCACAGGGAAGAUGAUGCUUACCAACAGAGGAGAGCGUGUACAAUAGUGGCGCUUGAUCCUACACUGUAAAUACUCUCGGUUGUGUUAGUAUGUCAGUCUUCAGUGUGUAGAUGUUCCUUCAACGGUAGCUAUUUGGACUUUUAGUGCACAUAUUACCAUAAAACUGUCCAAUAAUGUUGAAUAUUGUGAUCCUGAGGCAUACUGAUUGUACUAUAUGAAACAUCUAUCAACAAGAAUAAGUGCCAAAGUUCCAAUUUAACUCUCAACACACUCCACAAUAUUAUGCUUGUGAAUGUAUAUUUUAGUUUUCUGGGCUCUACUUGUGACGUUUUGUGCUUUGCAAGUAAGAUUGUGAGGAAAAUAACUAAUUGUGCCAGUGGAUUAUUCAGUUUUUUUUUCUUUUCUUUUUUUCUGUAUCUACACCCUUCCUUUUUGUAAAUAUAUCAGCUGCCAUAUUUAUCCAUUUGUAAUUAAAUUAUGGUAUUUACUUGCUAAAGAUGAAACAGUAUUUAUAAAAAAUGUUUCUUUACAAUAAAUAUGUACAAUUAUGAGCUAAACACGGACAGUUGUUUUGUUAUGUGCUUUUGUUGAAAGUUGUAAGAGGUGUUUUCUCCCUUAUUGUGAUAAAACUUUACUGCAUACAAAUAUAAUAAAAAGGUGUUGCAAGUGCUAAA